AUGAGUUGCAAACAUAAAGAAAAAAUAUUUGAUUCAAUAGUGAUCCCAGAGGAGAAGAUGGUGAAAAUUGUUGCGUCUCGUUUAGAAGACGAAGUCGCUUCUUGGUGGGAUCAGUUGCGACAAUCUAGAAAACAACAAGGAAUGGUUACAAGAUUGCUCAACCCAAUAUAA